AUGAUCAAAUUAAACAGUUUAAGGGUUGAUCAAAUCAACAAAUUGCUACAAAACCAAGGUGCAACGAUAAUGGGCAAUAAAGCAGCAAAAAUUCUGAAAUUGACAGAAAUUUACGGAGCUGAUGAAGUUGAUGCUGAAGAGUUGGAGGUAAGCAGCGAAGUUACAGCUAUGCAGAAGCAAAUGGAAGAAAUGCGUGGUAUUAUUGCGGGGCUAGCUAAGUCUGUAAACGAUUUGGUGACAGUACAGAUAAGGCAAACGUUAACACCGUCGAACGCCACAACGAUUCCAGCAGAAGUUAGUUGCCACGAUAACCGUUCAACUGCCACAAUAGAGGCUCACGCUGAAAUACCAAGGAGUUCAUCACAACAUGAUAUUAGUAGUACACCAAUAGCAGUAGAUCGUCCAUUGUUAGUCCCAACGACGCAAAGUGAAUGGAAAAGAAGCGCAGUACACGACAUCAUCGCAUUAUUACCUGAUUUUGAUCCAUUAAAAGGGAGUUUAACAUCGAAACAGUUUGUUGAUAAAGUUAUACAGCUACGAGAAGCAUACGAAUGGUCUGAGCAAGAAAUUUUGUUAGCCGCUCAAUCAAAGUUGAAAGGGGUGGCCAAAGAAUGGCUCGAUGCACAAACCGUAUUUCAACGAUGGUCAGCUUUUGUAUCAGCAUUUCAAACAGAUUUUCCUUUCACAAUGUGUACGGCAGAAGUGCACAUGGAAUUAUCACGAAGAAAGAGGCGAACAAGUGAAACGAUGAGUCAAUAUUAUUACACUAUGUUAAAUAUUGGUAGGCGAGGUAAGGUUGAUGAAGAAUCAAUCAAUACAUAUAUUAUUCGGGGGCUAAAUGACAGUAAUUUAACACGCACCCUUUUGGCAAUGAAAUUAUCAACGUGUAACGAUUUGUUGCGUUCUCUUGAUAGUUUAGCAGAUGUAUAUUGUGCGUUCAAAGGUACAGAUAUUGGUAAUAGAAAUGUAAACGAGGUAACACGAAAUGUUACUACAGAGAAGAAAUCUAUAAAAUGUUUUAAUUGCAACGAGUAUGGACACAUUGCAGCAAAUUGUCCAAAGCCUCCAAGAAAGGAAAGAUGCGCAAAAUGUAACAAGGUGGGACACGAUUCUAAGUCUUGCCGCUAUGAAAAAUCAACGGUUGCGACGGUAGUUACUGAAAAUUUAUAUCCACCGUUAUUGUCAAGUGUUCUGCUGAAUGGUGACCAGUAUUCGGCGUUUAUCGAUACUGGCAGUGACACAUCACUCAUAUCCGAAUCCAAAGUACCAACCAAUGCGGAAAAGAAAGUAUGUGUUAGAAAGUUAGAGGGAUUUGGGGGUGCAAGCGUUGAAAGCAAAGAAGAAAUUGAAGUAAAUUUAGUUAUAGAAGGCAUCGCAUUGAAUACGAAAUUGCAGAUAGUACCCGAUGAGUUUAUGCCAUACGAUCUGUUCAUUGGACGAGAUGUUUUGUGUCAAAAAGAUUGUUCAUUAGUUAUACAGUCGGGAAAUAUGCAAAUACAGAAAAAUACUGCAAACGGUUUUAAUGUGGACGUAUCAUUAAGUAAAGAUGAAAUGCAUGAAGUACUUCAUUUACUUGAAAAAUACGAUGAUUGUUUUGCAGAAGAUUUAGGAAAGCUUGGACGUUGUAAAACAACAACUAUGGAAAUCCUUGUCAGCACCGAGAAACCAAUUACAGGUAGGCAGUACCAGGUGCCUUUCAUCCAAAGACCUGUACUUUCCACGAUAAUUGACGACUUGCUUAAGCACAAUAUAAUUCGUCAGAGCUCAUCGCCUUACGCAGCUCCAGUUGUAAUAGUGAAGAAGUCAAACGGGGAAGGUAGAAUGUGCGUUGACUUUAGGGCACUGAAUGCGGUCACGAUAAAGAAACAAUUUCCAAUGCCAAUAGUAGAAGAGCAGUUGUCAAAGCUUGGGGGUAAUACGUUUUCACCACCCUUGAUAUGA